AUGGCGUACAACAGACAAAAUAAGAGCAAAUACAAUAAGAAAAGUGUUCAUUAUGCUACCCCCAAGAGAGGUGCUAAAGCUUCAAAGCCUCAAAAGCAACAAUAUAGAAAGUAUUAUCAUGAACAACCAUCAAAACGUUUUGUAUAUGUUGAAGAACCAGACAGCGAAGGAGAUGAAAGUGAAGAUGUCGUCAUAGAAGAAGAUGAGGUCGAUGGUGACCUUGUUUCAAGUGAAGAGGACUCAGAAGAAGACUUUGACUCCAACUCCGACUCUUCCUCAGAAGAAGAGGAAGAGAUUUACGAGUUUGAGCUUAGACCUCAAGACAUUGCUGAAGAGGAUAGUUCUGACAUUGAUACUAAGUUCAUUGAUGCUAGUGAUGUUGAAUUAGAGUCAGACGAAAAUGAAUAUUAUGUCGGUUUAGAUGAUAGGUUGGUAUCUGCUGAAGAUGUUGGAGUGCCUCAAAUUCAUGACUUGAACGAUGAGAUUGUGGCUUAUUAUGACGACGAGGAGUCAAACUCAAGUAGUUCAGACUCAAGCUCAGAUUCAGAAUCAACUUCAGAUUCAGAUUCAGAUUCAGAUUCAGAUUCAGAUUCAGAUUCAGAUUCAGAUUCAGACUUAGACUCAAAUGAAAUUAGUGAUUCUGACGAGGAAGUCGAAGCUAUAGUUCACCUUACUGAAGAAGCUAACAGUUCUGAUGAAGAAGAUUCUGAAGAUGAAGUCGUCGGCUACAUUGUUGACACCGAUAAGUUGAAUGAAAAAUUGCUUCUUGAAAGUAUCAGACAAGAAUUUGAAGAGGAGUUGGUUAGUCCCGAUGAGUACGAAUCAAGAGAUGAAGACUCAGACUUGGGUUCAGAGCCUGAAUACAUUGAAGUUGAAAGUGAAGAAGAAGACGACAAUGAAGAAUCUUCGGAUGAAGAAACCUCGGAUGAAGAGGGUGUAACCAUUUACAAGAGCUUGCCAUGCACCGAGUGUGACUGUGAGGAUGAAGAGGAAGAGGAGGAUGAAGAUGACGACUUGCAAGUAAUCAAAGAUGAUGAUGAAGAGUUUUCGGUUGUGGAUUUAUCUGAUGAUGUGGCCAAUAGCCAAGAUUACCAGUUGGAAGAAUUGGAUGACGGUUCAUACAAAUUAAACGUUAGGUUCCCAUCAUUGGUUAGAGAUGAAUUAAAAAUUGAAUUUCUCAAAAAUGAAAAUGAAUUGGUUAUCAAGGGAAAAUUGAACCUCAAUGGUGCUGAGGAAGAAGAUGAGGAAGAAGAAGAAGAAGUUGAUGUUACUCAAUUGACACCAGCCGAAUUCAUUAGUUACGCUUUAGAGGACGAUGAAGAUGAAGAUGAUAAUGAAUAUGACUAUGCUGAUCCAGAAGAAGUUUCAGAAGAAGAAUAUUCAGGAGACGAAGAUUCGUUGGUUGCUAGUGCUAGGGUUAAAGCCAGAGCUGAAAGUACCAAGAGAGAUUUCAUAUUGUCACAAAUUGAAGAAUCGGAAAGGAGGGAUGGCUAUAAUGAAGAAUCUGAUGAUGAUUAUGAAAUUGACAGCGAAGACGAAGAAACUGCUGAUUUUGAAGGAUUUUACGAGAACUCAGAAGAAGAUUUUGAAGAUGAAUCAGAGUCUUCAAAAGAAGAAUCAGAAUCAUCAGAAGAUGAGGAAUUACAAGAAGAUGCAGAAGAUCUCAUCAAUGAAUUCAAGAAUCAAGAAGUAUUUUUCGAGAAACACUUUCAAUUUGACAAAGUCAUCAAAUUCAACAAAAUAAAGGCUAAAUUCGUUGGUGAUGACGAGUUGGAAUUGAUAAUACCAAGCAAGGGUACCACAGUUGAGCAAGACAACUCUUUUGCAAUUACUGUUGAUUCAUCUGAUGAUGAGGACGAAAGUAGUACUACUGAAGAAAUAGAUGGAAACGUUCCGGUCUUGCGCGAUUUGGAUGAGCUUUUGGAAGCAGUUGAAGCAGCUUAG